CGCAGCAAAAAUAUCGAUAAUAUUGAUUGAAAAAAGAUGUUGGUGAAACACUAGUUUUAACCUCUGCUAUGCCAUUUUAUUUCCUCCAAUUUGUUUAAUUCCAAUUUAAAAGAUUUGAUGAAAACUAUGGAGAACCUUGCGAAAAAGCCUGCCAAAGGAAUUUUAAGAACCAGUUCAAAUUCUGGUCACACUGAACAACACAAAUCAAGCAUUGAACCAAUCAAAUGGGAUGAGAUGAAUAUCCUUCAAACCUUGCAUCCACCAGGAAAAGAUUAUGGGCUGAUGAAAAUCGAGGAACCUAAAACUCCUUACAGUCAUUACAAAGAUACUGUUGACGGUGAACAGGUGUCCGAUGACGAAGAAGCAGCUUCUUCUUCAACAAAUCUUAAUCUUCAAAAAGUCUCUGAAAAGAUUAAGCUUGGUAGAUCGAAAGUGUCCUCUCAAGACAGUAAAGAAGAGGAGGACAGUAAAGAGUUUGAUGAUGAUGACGAUCAAAGUGAUUUAGAAGGUGAAGAAUUGACGGAAGAAGAAAAAAAGAAACGAAGAGAGUUUGAGAUGAAGAGAAAAAUGCAUUACAACGAAUUUCAAGCGGUUAAACUUGCUCGUAAACUAUUGGAAGAAGAAGACGAUGAUGAAGAAGACGACGAUGAUAAUAAGCUCAGCCUGAAUUAAUUUAUUUACUUUCAUGUAUCAAUUUAUUACAACUUAAUAAAAAUUAUAACCCGGAGGUUGAAUUGAUUGAA